AUGGAGCCCUUAAGCCACAACCAGAACUACCUCUAUAUAGAUACCAUACCUUUAGAGUACUCAUUUCCCCAUAAAUUCUCUUCACCACAGCCACAGGUUGAGGUUGAUAGGUCUACACCAUCACCGCACCCUACCAUGGUCAAGAAGCUUAACCACAAUGCUAGUGAACGUGAUCGUCGGAAGAAAAUCAAUAGCUUGAUUUCUUCACUUCGUUCACUUCUUCCAGUUGCAAAUCAAACGAAAAAAAUGAGCAUUCCGACAACAAUUUCGCGAGUAGUAAAUUACAUACCCGAGUUAAAACAGAAGCUGGAAGGGCUAACUAAGAAGAAAGAGGAGCUUCAAUGGAGAAUUAAUUCUCCCCAAGGAGAUUCAGUGAACAAAGAGUUUCAAAGGAAGAUUCCCCAUUACAAUUCUAAUUUUGUAGUUUCAACAAGUAGACUCAAUGAUAAUGAGGUUGCUAUUCAGAUUUCCUCUAAUGAAGUCCACAUGACUCCACUAUCUGAGAUCUUGAUGUUUUUAGAAAAUUAUGGGCUUUUUCUGCUAAAUGUUUCUUCCUCUGAAACCUUUGGAGAGAGGGUCUUCUAUAACUUGCAUUUCCAGGUGGAAAAAACUCAGAGAUUAGAUUCCGAUAUUCUAACUGAGAAGCUUUUCUCAAUAUAUGAGAAGAAGGAAAGGAUUUUCUAA